GAAAUGGUCUACAAGAACCGUGCUCAACAAGGAGAUAAUAAUAAUAACCCUCAACAAUAAUUCUCUCUUUUUUUUUAAAAAAUAAAAUAAUGUCUGAUUUGACUCUGUUAUUAAAGAACCAUAACCAAAAGAAAGCAGAAAUAAAACGAAAUAAUGAGCAAAUUCGAAAGAAUGCAGUUCAAGCUACCAAUGAAUUAACAGAUUCCAUCACAGAUUAUGUUAAUGAAGAAGUGAGUGACAUAUUCGCCAAACAAAAGGAACUCGAACAACAGUCAAAACGAUUAGCAACUCAAGUGACAAAAUAUAUAAACCAAACACAACAGUGGUUAUCACUAGUAGACAAUUUUAAUCACUCACUCAAGGAACUGGGAGACGUGAAAAAUUGGGCACAAAUCAUGGAACAUGAUAUGAAGACAGUCAUGACUACCUUGGAGUUUGUACAUCAAGGUAAUAAUAACAACAUCAUCUCUUGAUUGUUCCUACAUAAUAAAAGGCACUUUGGAAUGAAUGAUGAUUAUAUACAGUCUAAAUAUAUUGUUGUUUAUUAUGCAUCAGAUGACAACGUUUGCAUACAAGUAGUGUCAUCAUAAACUCUCCUUAUAAAAGUCUUUUCUUAAACAUUACUUUAGC